AUGUCUGGCCCCAGUGACUGGCUCCAAUUCUAUCAUCAAAACCUUCCUAAUCAAGUGACAUCUCCGGGCCACCCCGUGUCUGGUGCUCUGCUCGAUAAUCGAGUUUCUGAUGCCACUGUUGUCUCCACCACCGUCACUUCUCCUACAACGCUGAGUUCACUCGGCUCCGGGAGUUCUAUCCCAGAUACCGGUGGCCACUUGAGCCCCGAGGGCCGUGUCUCGAAGCCCAUACGCAGGCGGUCUAGGGCUUCUCGACGAACCCCUACUACGUUACUCAACACAGACACUACGAAUUUUCGAGCCAUGGUGCAACAAUUCACCGGCGGUCCUACUGCGCCCUUUGCCUCGGGAGCCCACGCGGGUGCACCGAACUUUGGUUUUGGGUUAGGAACGCAUCAAGCCGGCCAUGUCAAUAAUCCUACUGCAAUGAUGAUGCCUCCAGGUCGUGGAUAUCAUCUACAGCCUCAACCACAGCUCUACCAUCCGCAAAGCCAGCAAUACUUGUUUUCAUUAGGCAGCAAUAACGCACAAGCCGGUGAUCCUUUUCUUCAAAGGCUGGGCAGCUCAAGACCCAGAAGCAUCGGGGUCUCCGAUGGCUUUGUGAUGGAGGGUGUUUCAUCUUCCUCCCAGGUUCCUUCUGCUAGGCCCCCGGGUUCCUCCGAUGAGAAUAGGACCAACAGUUACAUGUUUUGA